CAUCUCUUUAAAUAGAACUAAAAAAACCCUCACCAUUCCCAUGUAUCCCAUCACAUUCACUCUAAUAUUCAUACUUUCUUCAACCAAGUUUCAAACAAACAUAAACACACAAACAUAUGGAGCAAGGCAAAAAAAUGGCCCUUAUUGUGGGUUGCAACUAUCUCAACACCCCAAACGAGCUGCGCGGUUGCCAUAAUGACGCGUUAGCCAUGCGUGACUUGCUCAUAGCCCGAUUCGGAUUCAGCCCAGAUAACAUUGGGCUUAUGAUGGACAAGCCCGGAAGCCCAAUAAUGCCAACUGGAGCCAACAUCAAGACCGCACUAAACGAAAUGGUCGAUCGGGCCAAAAAAGGAGAUGUCUUGUUCUUUCACUACUCUGGCCACGGGACUCUUAUCAAGCGUCACGGUUUAUCCAAGAGAGAGGAAGCUAUUGUACCUUGUGAUUUCAAUCUCAUCACCAGUGUGGACUUCAGGGAGCUUGUGAACCGUGUCCCGAGUGGAGUAAAGUUCACGAUCCUCUCCGACUCGUGCCACAGCGGAGGACUUAUCGACAAAGAAAAGGAACAAAUGGGCCCUUGUACGGCCCAUUUCAAUAGUGGGCCCCACCAAAAGCCCAAGGCUAUCCCUCUCCAGUCUAUACUUGAGUAUUUUACCUCACUAACAAGCAAAACCAGCACAGAGAUAGGCGAACACCUGGCGGAGGUUUUCGGGCCGGACGCCAGCCUCAUGUUCCAGCCCGGCCCGGUCGACAGGCCGCUGAAGGAUGACGAGGGGAUACUGCUGAGCGGGUGCCAGGCGGACGAGACCUCUGCUGACGUGGAAUUUGCGGGAAGCGCGUGUGGCGCCUUCAGCAAUGCCGUUCAAACGGUGGUGAAGGAGAAUCUGAAGAGGGAUUUGAGUAAUCGGGAAAUUGUGGCCAUGGCUCGAAAGGUUCUUUCUUUACAGCAUUUGGGGAACCAGCAUCCGUGUCUGUAUUGCAGUGACGAAAAUGCCGAUGCCGUUUUCUUGGGCGGACCAAAGGCGACGAGCUGAAAAGAAUAUUUCGAAUUUUUUUUUUAUAGCAGUUUUUAUUUUUUAUUUUUUUUCUAAUCAUAUGAACAAAAUCCAUGUCCUGUUGCUUAUGUUACAUACUGUAUUGACUAUUGAGUAUCUUGUAAAAUCAUUAUUGUCUUAAAUCACCAUUGUUUCUCUUCUCACAAAAUUACCCCUUCAAAAUGGGGUCCUUUUCUGGGAUAAAAAAUCUCUAGAAAACAGGUAAAUUGUGGCUUUGAAAGAAAACAGAAGACUUGUAUAGUUUUCCUAAACUUCAGGGGUGAUUUUCCCAAC